AGUGAUCAGAUGAUAAGUAAACGGAGCACGUGCUCUGUCCACUGAUAAGAGACGCAUAACAAUCUGGUGUUAUUCCUGUCUCGUUGUCUUUACCACACCUGAACUGUCCACCAGAAGAAUGAAGUUGUUUCUUUGCGUCAUCGUUCUUGCACUGAGUGCUGUGGGCCACUGCCAGUCUUUCGAAAGCAGGGUAGAUGCACUGGAGCGGAUGCUCUUGAAGGUUAAAACAAAAACCGGACACCAGAGCAACGUCAUAGCAAAUCUUAAAAAACAGCUCGAGACAGUCGCACGCUCGGAGGAUACCCUAAAGAAUGCCUUAACAGUUGACAAGCGACAAGCCGCUCAACCUGUUGUUGCUUUCAUGGCAACUCGACAAGCAAACCUCACUCAUUUAUCUCGGCACCAGACCAUUGUGUUUGAGGAUGCCAGUGUCAAUGUACAUCAUGCUUACAACAACAAUACCGGGGUGUUUACAUGUCCCUUUACUGGACUCUACGAGUUUGCUACUACGAUCGUGUCAGCAGGGGAGCAACGUAAUCUCAAUUUCGAGAUGAUGAUAGAUACUAUGCGAAUCGCAUACGUCCAUGCCACUUUAUACGAGUACGACAUGGGCACACAGGUUGCCGUCGCCCACUGUAACCAAGGCCAGCACGUGUUCCUCAGACAGGACAAGGGUUCUUUCGGACUUCCGGGCGGAUUCUGUACAUUCUCCGGACAUCUUAUUUCUAUGUUAUAGUUUCUGGAAAUAAAAAGAAAAGAAAUCUA